AUGGUAAUUUUACGGAAUGACAAUUCACGACGCACAUUUUGGAAAUUGGCUAAAGUGGAAAUGUUGCUUCCCAGUAGCGAUGGCACAGUACGGUCAGCUAAAGUUAUGGUUAACGGUGAAAGCGGUAAACGGAUCACAUUACGGCGACCAAUACAGUAUUUGAUUCCCCUCGAAGUACAGGCAAGUGCGACGGACGACAGCCGUGUCCAGAGCCGUGCGGAUCAGCAGAACACAGAAAUAAAAGAUAACGACCAACUACAAAGACGAACACCGAGACGUAAGGCAGCUGUAGUUGGCGAAAUCGUAAGAAGACAACUUAGUUCGUGA